AUGUUGCUCACCAUGGACGACGUGAAGGAGAAGCUCCACUUCUCCAGCACGAAGAAGAAGAAGCUAACUCCUUUCGAGUGGCUGCUCGAUCGCCAUCACUCCCAUCGCCUUGGAGAAGCUUCACCGCCAAGAAAAACACGAAAGGCUCGCCAUAGAGAGCCAACUCAAAAAACCCAUCAUCCCUUCAACAACAACAACCUCAACAAGAACCCUAGGACACGACGAUGA